AUGGCCGCGAAGUCGGACGGGCGGCUGAAGAUGAAGAAGGGCGGCGAGGUGGCGUUCACGCCGCUGCAGAACUCGGACCACUCGGGCUCGGUGCAGGCGCUGGCCCCGGGGCUGCCCUCGGGCGCGGGGCCGGGCGGCGGCGAGGACGAGGCACCGGGGGGCGGCUGCUGCAGCGGCAGCGGCGGGGAUGGCUCGGGCGGAGGCUCCAGCUGCUGCGGCGGCGGCGGCGGGGGAAGAGGCGGCGGUGGCGGCUCCCGGGGCUCGGGCGGGGGCUCGUCGUCGCUAUGCCUGCGGCUGGGCCGGGAGCAGCGGCGCUACUCGCUGUGGGACUGCCUGUGGAUCCUGGCCGCCUUGGCCGUGUACUUCGCCGACGUGGGCACCGACAUCUGGCUGGCGGUCGAUUACUACCUGCGGGGCCAGCGCUGGUGGUUCGGGCUGACCCUCUUCUUCGUGCUGCUCGGCUCCCUCUCCGUGCAGGUGUUCAGCUUCCGCUGGUUCGUGCACGACUUCAGCACCGAGGACAGCGCCGCCGCCGCCGCCGGCCCCUGCCCGGCCGCCGAGAGCAAACUGCUGGUGAGCAGCGGCUCGGCGGCCGGGGACAUGGACGCCCCUCGCCCCUGCACGCCGCAGAGGCAGGCGUCCAACGCCAGCAAAAGCAACGCCACCACGGCCACCAACAGCAGCAACAGCAGCAGCACCAGCGGCGGCAGGGCCGGCAAGAGCAGGUCCGCUUCCUGCGCCUUCUGCAUCUGGCUCCUGCAGUCUCUCAUCCACAUCCUGCAGCUCGGGCAGAUCUGGAGGUAUUUCCACACAAUAUACUUAGGUAUCCGCAGUCGACAGAGUGGAGAGAACGACAGAUGGCGGUUUUAUUGGAAAAUGGUGUAUGAGUAUGCAGAUGUGAGUAUGCUGCACUUGCUAGCCACGUUUCUGGAAAGUGCACCGCAGCUGGUUCUGCAGCUCUGUAUUGUUGUACAGACUCAUACUCUACAGGCUCUCCAAGGUCUUACAGCUGCAGCAUCUCUUGUGUCCCUGGCUUGGGCUUUGGCUUCCUACCAGAAAGCCCUCCGUGACUCCCGCGAUGACAAGAAACCCAUCAGUUAUAUGGCUGUUAUAAUCCAGUUUUGCUGGCAUUUCUUCACAAUUGCAGCCAGGGUCAUUACUUUUGCUCUCUUUGCCUCAGUUUUCCAGCUGUACUUUGGGAUCUUCAUAGUCCUCCACUGGUGUAUCAUGACCUUCUGGAUCGUCCAUUGUGAAACAGAGUUCUGCAUCACUAAAUGGGAAGAGAUAGUGUUUGAUAUGGUUGUUGGGAUUAUCUAUAUCUUUAGCUGGUUCAACGUCAAGGAAGGAAGGACACGUUGUAGGCUCUUCAUUUACUAUUUUGUGAUCCUUUUGGAAAACACUGCCUUGAGUGCUCUCUGGUAUCUGUACAAGGCCCCACUGAUCUCUGAUGCUUUCGCCAUACCAGCACUGUGUGUGGUGUUCAGCAGCUUUUUAACAGGCAUUGUUUUUAUGCUGAUGUACUAUGCCUUCUUUCAUCCCAAUGGACCAAGAUUCGGGCAGUCGCCAAGCUGUGCUUGUGAGGACCCUGUCGCUGCCUUCACUAUGCCCCCAGAAGUGACAACAAACACUCUAAGGUCUAUCUCUAACAAUCGGAGUGUCACAAGUGAUCGGGAUCAGAAAUUGGCAGAGAGGGAUGGGUGUGUGCCUGUCUUCCAGGUAAGGCCCACUGCACCUUCAACACCUUCAUCCCGGCCGCCAAGGAUUGAAGAGUCAGUGAUUAAAAUUGAUCUGUUCAGGAACAGAUACCCGGCCUGGGAGAGACACGUGUUGGACAGAAGCCUGAGGAAGGCUAUCUUAGCUUUUGAAUGUUCCCCCACUCCUCCACGGCUACAGUACAAAGACGAUGCUCUUAUUCAGGAGCGCUUGGAAUAUGAAACCACUUUAUAAAAAAUAAUAAAGACUUGAAGAAGCUACAAAGUUACAGUCCAAAUUAAGGGUUGACAGUAGGGCUGUGGCAAUAACUAAACUGCAUACUACAAUAGAGCAGCAAGCGGUAGUUUUCAUAGUCUGGCUAUCGUCAUGAUUAUCAUUUGAUCCUCUGUAUGCCAUCUGUCUGCAGUUCACUUAUAAAGCAGCAUCACCUGAGAGCCUCAAAAAAUCUAUUACUUCAACUGGGAAACAGACCCAGCUCACGACUCCUUGCUGCAAUGAAACUCUGCUACACAAUACUUAGAUCAACAGGAAGAUUCUGAUGAGAGCUUUCAACUUUAACCAGUAGUGCAUUUUACUUUAGAAAUGAAUGAUUGAUAUUUGCUUAUUUAAUGACAAAAAAAAAUGUCAAAAUAGCUUAGCUGUACCAGGCAAUGUUGCUGUUGUAAAAACUCUGGUUUCUGCAAAAAUGAUAGGAGUAUAAUCCUUAAGUCUCCAGCAGAUACACCAUUCAGUUUAGAAUAGAUUUGCAAAAUAGUUCUGAAUCAAAAAAGUACGUGUCAUGUUCUCAAGCCUAUCAGAGGAGAGUAAACUAGAGUCUGAUUAAUCAGGUAAUAAGCAUUAGUACCAACAGAACUGCUAGUUGUCUAUAGAAUUCAAGAUUCAUUUUAAUUAAAAUUUCAGUUACUUUUGACAGAAAUCCUAUGCAGCUCACCUCUGGCUUUCAGCAGGAACAAGGAGCUCUAGCCUUUAGUGAUGUAAAUUAAAUGAUAAUCAUGAUUCAGUGUUCGAUUUGCAAAAACUUGAACAAGGAAAAGCAAGAACAAGGAAAGUGUAGGUUUCAUACUCUGAACUUUUGAGGACCAUGUUCAGAUUCUGAGAGGAAAGCAUCAGGAUAUGAACACAUUGUAACUUAAAUUUGUUUCAGGACUCAGAAUGAUGCAUGGCUCUGUGUGUGAAUGUAUGCAGGUGGGAUAAGAGACGCAACAUGCCAUAUCCUUCUAGUGCCAAACACUGUAUAACUACAAGAUUGAUAUUGUUGCCUGAGGGACAGAAAAUGAAUGGCAUGAGGCCUGCAAGAGCAGGAAGCAGGAAAGAACAAUCAAGUUCUCCACGUGUACAGACAGCUCUGUUUUUUUCCCCACCCAAGGUGAAAGUGAUGUCUUUUAGAGGCUUUCAGCCACCUGUUAGUAAGUAUAUACAGUCAAGUAAAUUAAAACAAGCUAUGUGGAAGAUCCUCUUGAAACUAUUCAAGACUUGGUUCCAUAUCUAUCUAAAAGUGAUGUUGACUCACUUGUAAAAUGAGUGUUUUUGCUGCAAGCGUCUGGGUUUUAAAUACUAUACCUCCCUAGGGUAUGAUCAAGUCAAUGGUAUCCUUAUUUAUGUUAAAAGUAUCCCCUGAUGGUGCUUUCAGUUGCAUUAAAGGUGCAAGUCAAAAUUUGAUAGUAUUUUUUUUAAAGCUGGUGCAGAGUGAAUAACUCAUGGAUUAUUUCAAUAUUUUUGUAAAGUAAAAAUAUGGUAUAUAAUGGUGUUACUUUUUAUAAACUGCAAAUCUUUUAAUACAUCUCAUUCUCUUUAAUAAGAUAGAAUUUAAGACCUGGUCCACAAAUGAUAUCAGCUGGCCUCCACAGGUUGAUGUAAACAUGUUUUUUCACACGUUAUGGAUUUAUUUUGCAGUGUAAUGCCAUAUGAAAGCCUACAUGGGUACUUUUAGAAAUAUUCCAUAAAAAGUGAAUCCUGUUUCAAAUAUAGGUGGGUUAUGAAGAUGCCAAAGGGUUUCCAUGAGAAACAACUCGCUAUAACUAUGUCUAUCCAUUUUAGGAAAGUGGAGCACAACUGGAGAUUUGCUGUUUUAAGCAGCAUUGUCAGGAUGGAGAAGAGCUGUGAUUUUGAUAUUUUAACCACUGUCAGGUAUAUUAAGUGUAGUCACUGCUGUAUAUGUUCCUGGAUAAGUUCAGUCUUUCCUGUUAUAAUAUUUGUAAUAUGAAAUAACAGAAGUUACAUAGCUUAUGGUUUCUUUGUAUACAUUCAAUUAGCCAUUUGCAAUACUUAUAUCAUUUUUUUUAAUUGGUGAAAUGUUCAAAGUCUGUUGUCUUUGGUAGGGGCAAAAUCCUCAAAACAAAAUAUCUCUGGAAGUGCAGGAAUCUGCAAGAGAGAAAAAUAGUAAAAUUUUACGGUCACUAGAAAAAUCCCCCAGGUUUGAAGAUUUGCGUAGAUGUUUGCAAAUGAAGCAGCAUCCAGUUGCAUGCAUGGUCAUUUUUAAAUGAAAUGGUCAUUUGAUAGAACAUGAAAUCUUAUAAGAAGUGAUUGCCCCCUUCCACAGGGGUUCACCUGAUUAUUCAGAAAAUUUGUCAGAAAAUACACUGGUGCUACAAGCAAUUAAAAAGUUUUGGGGAAUCAAGUCCUUUGUCCUUUGUCUAAUCAAAUUCAAUAGAGCUUUCAUUCCAUAAGCACACACCAGAUCAUCACAUAAAAGAAGUGGCCAGUCUAUACAUACCAAGCAGCCCCAAGUUUUUCUUACCUGAAACAUCAGGGACUAGAUUCACAAUGGCUAAGUCCAGCAUUUAGGCCCCACUGGCAUUCACAAAACCAUUUAGUCCUGCAGGUGCUGAAAUCCCUAAGUACCUACAUUUCAGCCACUAAAGUCCCUGAGGCACCUCACGUUCUUCUGCUGGGCAUGCAAACAGUCACCUAAGUUCUGACACCACUGAGCAGCUUGGCAUCAUAAGCCUGGUGGGAUUCAUAAACAGGGCAUUCCCCUGCCUAUCUCUCCGGCAGGGCUCAAACUGGUAGGCAUGUUCAGAGUAUGCCUAGCCUCACAAAAAAGAUGACCUGUGGAGGAGGUGGUUUCCCCUACUUUUACCAUUGGGUGAGAGAGACCCAGGUUCAAACCCCUCUUCUGCCUGCUGUAGUUCAAGGAUUUGAACAUAGGUCUCCACCCUUUCAGAUGAGACCCCUAACCACUGGACUAUAGGGUAUUCUGGGGUGAGUCUGUCAAUUUCUUCUGUUGGAGCAGUUCCACCACCUUCCCCUCCUCCUGGGUUAAAGGACUAAUCUGGUUUAAGUGCCUAACUCAAGUAGAGGGCUCAGAGUUGUAAAUCCCAAGUAGAGAUAGGCACUUUCCUCCUGCCCAGAGUUAGGCGCCUAAGUCUCUUUGAAGCCCUACCCCUCUCCUUAGCAUUUCCUUAUGGCUAGCUUAGGUAGCUCCCUGCUCUGCUUGCUGGCUUCUAUUAGUCUCUUCUUUAGACGCCUAACUCUCCCCAUUCAUUGAAUAAGUGCCUACGGUGGGGUUGUGAAUUCCACUAGUUGGCAGGUCCUAAAUCCCCCUUGUG